AUGGUCGGACGGCGGGCCACUCCCACGAAGUAUGUGGACUGGUUGGCAAAGCUUCGAAAGAAGGGUAGUCUCAAGUUUGUGUCACAAAAACGGGAGUUUCCUCGAUGUACUAUCAACUCCAACCAUCCCAGAGAAAGGACAUACGAAGAAAUAAUGGACAGUGUGCUAAAUUCGCCUAGAGUUACAGAAGCCAUAGCAGAUGAGGUGGCGCGAACUGGUGAACCAAUUGCCAAGGUCCAAAGUGAUGCCAAAGCCAUUAUGACGACAAUGUCACACAACUGGGGUCUCAAUAGCAUUCGAACGUUUGGCUAUGCCGUGACGAAGGUGUUCGAGCGAAUUUUCGAUUCCAUUUACGUGAAUGAGGAUCAACUGAUCAAAAUUCGAGAACUGUGUAAGACUGACUCGGUGGUGUUUAUGCCGACGCACAGGACCUACCUCGACUUUCUUCUCCUUUCACUCUUUUGCUUUGAAUAUGAGAUCCCACUCCCAGCGAUCGCUGCCGGUAUGGAUUUUACACACUCUUGGUUCAUGAGCGAAGUUCUGAGAAGAUGUGGGGCGUUCUACAUUCGGAGGUCAAUUGGUCAGGUUCGAUAG